AUGGCAGCGCAAAGUGGGGAGGAGCAAAAGGCAGGGGCAACGGGUUUGAAGGCAUCGGGGGCCGAGGGAGAGUUUGGAACACGCUUCCUUGUUGAUCGGGCUCAGGUUUUUCAGCACAAUGCUUGGUUCUUCAAGGACCGCAACUGGCUGAGCAAGGAGGUGCCAGAACUUUUUCUGUCGGCAGAGGGGCUUCCCACUCCCGACGAUCAGUUGGUAGCUUUACCGCUGGCAGAAGUCACGCAACGAGAGGAGGCUGCGGCCCGGGAUGCACGGCAGGAGCAGAUUCAGCGCCUCCAACGACAACACCAUCCGCGUCAUCGCAAGGCUAUUCAGGAUUUGUUUCCGAUUGCAGAGCGCUUGACCCGCCAGGCCCUGAGCCGAGAUCCCAACGUCUUCGUGUAUGCAUGUGAUUACGCGCCCAGCGCCAUCGAUGUGCUGCGAGUAAGGCCGGGUACCCCUCCUCCCACCUCGCGUGCUGUGCGCCUCAUUGCCUCUGAUUCUUGCGCAUCAGGUUUUGAUAAAGCUAAUCGCAUCCAUGGUGGCGGCGCCCUUCCUUUUGGCGAUCUGACACAGACUAGCCAGUGGUAUGAUCCGAAGCGCUGUCAUGCUUUUGUAGCCGAUCUCGCCUCUGCGCAGGAGCUCGACCUGCCCGACAACUCGAUUGACGUGGCCACGGCCGUAUUUGUUCUCUCAGCGCUCACUCUGGCCGAGUAUGUGCAAACUUAUCGCUCUUCACCCGCCGGCUUGCAUGCGCCAGCAACAUAUGUAGGAUCUCAUCACGCGAAUGUUUCACUCUUUGUUUGGUGUGGUCUGAUAGAAUGA